AUGACUACCUUACCUGGUAUAAGUCAGCUCAAAUCUCUCAUCCAGGCCAUCACGGGAGAUACGGACGGAGCACGGAAGACGCAGGAGGAGUUUUUUGAUGCGUGGGAGCACCACCUGGGACAUACCGUCUCGGAACUCGUGGACGCCGUCCCCAUCAUCGGAAAUAUCAAGGGUCUUGUACAUUUCGCCGUAGGAGACUACGAGGGCGGACUACACGCCGAGGAGGCGGCGACUCGCUCGCUGGUCGUCAUGACUGCCGCUGCUGCAGUGGCGGGCACAGGUGGUGCGGCGGCGCCGAUUUUUGCCGGCGUCGUGGCCGGAAUCGCCUCUGAUGGCAUCAUCACAGGCAUCGAAAGCGGCGUUCAUCACAAAUAUGACCCCCAGGGCAUGAUUUCGGUUGGCACCAACAUCGUCAACGAUGUGCGAACCGGCGAGGAAUACAAGCUUGGCGGCGACUUCUUUGACGGCAUCGUCAUUGCUGCCUCGGAUGGGAUAUUGGGCAGCGCCACAGUCAAGGGUACCCCCGUCAAAACGACGAAGAUCUACCGAGUCGAGGGCAAAAGCCUCAUCAGGACCAACAACGGCGCCAAGGUUAACGACUUCUUCGCCGGCGACAACCAGAGGAUCUUUACCCACAAGGGCGUCAUCUACCCGCGCGAGCGGCUUCCGGACCUAAGGCCGCCCGAGGAGUUGGGCGGCAAAGGGGACCCGAAACCUGAUCCAGGCGAUAAUGAGAUCCCGGAUGGUCCCGUAGGUGAGAAACCAGAUCCCAAGACGCCCGAGGAGAAAGGGAAGAAAGGCAAGAACAAGGGCAAAGGUGGUGGCGAUCCGUCCCGAGCACCCUUUGGCAGCAUAGGCUUCGACCCGAGCAUCUUCAAGGAUAACGGCAAGUUCAUCUUCCUCAAUUUUGGCGAGGCCGACCGCAUGUACCAGUACUAUGCACAGAAGCUGGUCGACCACCGCACCUUUGUCGAGCAGUAUCGAGAAAAGUUUACGGCGGAAAAGGGCGCCGCCAGCACGGUGACGAAGGACUCGCACGACAUCCGCGUCAAGUCCUUUGAAGUCUUGACUCGGGACAUUGGGGAUAUCGAAAAGCAAGCGGUCCUGGAAAGCCAAAAGAGCGACGCUGUCAAGGCCAGCCAGUACAAUGGGGUGCUUAAGGUUGACGUCAAGGCCGAUGGCCAGUUCGGGCUGGAGAGCUGGCGAUACACGCCCAUCUUCGAGAAGAUGGUGCCCGGGACGUUUCGCGCCACGACGCCAUGGAUCGCGCAUCUGCCGACGGCCCUGCUCAAACUUAUUCGUGACCACCCGGUGGCGUUCGGCAAGGUGCGGACGUUCAAGUACGCCAAUGCGGCGGGCUCCAUCCUUCUCGGGAACAGUCUGCUCAACCUGACGAGCGACAAUGUGACGAGAGAGGACGUGGCUCCGCAAGCGAUCCUGCACUGCCGGCACGUCAAGGGUGUGGUGAGAGCGCUCGAGGACAACUCGACCGAUUGGAGCGAGCACUACGAAUACCUGGUCAAGUUCGACAAGGACUCGCCCGCCGCAUGGUAUCCGGCCGACUUCAUCGCCGAGGACCUGCGGCAGAACUUUUACGACGCCGCCGCCCGCUCCGCCAAGCCUAUCAGCCGCUUCGAGGGUCGCGACGGGCCCAGGCUCCGCGUGGAGCGGCCAGACGGGAGCGUCGACACCAUUGACGAGACGCAAAUCUUUUGGCGCGAGCAGGAUGACAAGGACGCCAAGGACGACCUGGACCCGCGCGAGCUCGACGCCGUCCUCUACCAUAUCUCGGCCCAGGGCCGUCGCGAUGAAGGCCGCAUUAGCCUUGGCGCCGGCGACCAGCUGCCGCCUCCCGAAACCCGGGGGGAGCCCCCGGCGGUUGAUGGCCGCGGCCAGGGCCUCUACUUUGGCUCCGCCAUCAACCUCGAGGGCGCCGGCGGGGUCACGCCGUGCAAGAUAGUGCUGGACGCGAGCCCACCCUGCAUGGCUCCUCUCGACGGCCGAGAGGUGCCGCACAACGGUACCUACGACUUCCUGCCUUUUAGCAAAGACCGGUUCGAACUGGUACCGUCGGAGGGGGGCACAGUGCCUGACGGCUGCGACCCCGUUGUCGGCGGCUACGAGAAGGACAAGCAAGUCGUCUAUCACGCCCUUGGCCACUUCGACAAGCGCUGGAUCCCGGGCAAGGCCGGCCCCCAGUUUAAAGGAGCAAUGGUCGCCGAAAAGUUGAAGGAGAGGCACGCCCCCAAGUCCCUCAUGCUGUAA